CUUUUUCUCUCUUUUUUUUCGCCUCUAUUUUUAUUUUACUCUUCCAUUUUUUUCCUCUGUAAAUAGUCUCCCUUUAUGCCCUUAUUCAGCUUAAGAAUUUAAUUAAAUUUUAACACUUUAUGGAGGGUUCCAAUCAAAGUUAUGGUUUUGAUCAUAAUUCCAGAGUUCCAGAAAACCAGGUAUUGGAUUCUAGGGUUUCUUCUUUGUCCCUAAAGAAGGAUACCGGCAGCCGGAACUCCGAUUCUCUCGCUGAUGAUAACACGGGACUUGAAAGAUGUGAUUCCCCAAGCAAUGUUAGUUUAGAGAGGCAAGGGAUGAAUAUUUCUGGAGAAUGUGAUGAUGGGUUAUCAGUUCCAACUAAAAGUAUGGAGGAGUUGAAUGAUGAGGAAAAACAACCUAACACCACCUAUCUGAAGUCGGGAAAAUACUUCUUUUAUGACUCCCCGCUUGCUGAAGACACUGGGGUUUGGAUACCGGUCUCAGUUCCACCUAUGCUUGAAGGUGAUCAUGAAGAGUCGGCUAGAGGUUUCCGUUCCAAUGGGGGUUAUUUCCCUGAUGGUGACAUGGGAUGGGGCGAGUUCCUUGGGGAAGAGAAGGAGUUGACGAUGUGGGAUGUGAUAGUGGAGAUGAUACUUGCUGCCCGAGGGAAAGUCAAUGCUUUCACUUCCGGUGAUAUUCAAAGAAGUGGCAUCUCGUGGCUGUCAAGUCAUUUACUUGAGCAAGCUUGGCAAGAGAUGUCUCAGACACUAACUGAAGCAAAUAUGGGUAGUGUGAAGGAAAUUCUUGAAGCAGAACCGCCAAGGUGGUUGGCCGACAGUGCUGCUUCCACUUGUAUGCUGUGUGGUGUAAGGUUUCACCCAAUCAUGUGUUCUAGACACCACUGUAGGUUUUGUGGAGGAAUAUUCUGUGGUGAGUGUUCUAAAGGAAGGAGUUUAUUGCCAGAAAAAUUCCGUGUUGCUGAUCCACAACGGGUCUGUGAUGUAUGCUGUGUGCGGCUUGAGUCUGUCCAGCCAUACUUGAUGGACCAAGUCAGUAAUGCUGCUCAACUGCCAACUCAUGACCUGACAGACCUCAGUACUUUAAGAUCUUGGGUUAAUUUUCCUUGGGGGCAGUCCAUGGAACAUGAAAUUUAUAAGGCAACAAACACUAUUCGGGGUUAUAUUACAAAGGUAGUUUCUUUGAAACCUGAGAAAGCAAUUCCAGAUUCCAUUCUCCGAGAAGCAAAAGGCCUUGCCAUAAUAUCUGUUGUGAAAAUUGGUGCCAUGGUUACAUACAAUAUUGGAACUGGACUUGCGAUUGCUCAUAGAGAGAAUGGCUCCUGGUCUCCACCCUCUGCCAUUUCUUCAUUUGGUGUAGGAUGGGGAGCUCAGGCUGGGGGAGAACUGACGGAUUUUAUUAUAAUAUUGAGAACACAUGAUGCUGUCAAGACUUUUAGUAGCAAUGCGCAUCUUUCUGUUGGAGCUGGUUUGAGUGCGGCUGUAGGUAUUGUUGGACGGGCAAUGGGAGCUGAUGUACGAGCUGGUGAUGGUGGUUAUGCUGCUUGUUAUACAUACAGCUGCACUAAAGGAGCUUUUGUUGGAUGUUCACUUGAAGGAAGUGUUGUCACCACUCGCAGACGAGAGAAUUCCCGAUUCUAUGGCAGCCAGUCAAUAACUGCGUCAGAUAUACUUCUCGGGUCAAUGCCUCGUCCACCUGCUGCUGCCACUCUCUACCAUGCACUUUCUGAUCUAUAUAACACACUAAGUUGAGUGCCUGAAGUUUGGAAUUUUAGCUAAUUGCAUCAAAAAUUCAAUACGAAAAAGAGCCAAUGGGACAUGAAUCUUAUGUACAUUCUCUGUGAAUCACUGUGAAUCAUCUUUUUCUGAUCUUCUGUAACAUCAUUCUUUGGCUGUUUAAAGGUUGAUAUUGAAUUGUUUCUAGGGCAGAGGUCUUCCAAAAGUGGAGAACCAGGAUGGGGAAAAAAUGGAAGGACAUCCAGAUGCGUUUCUCAAUUAUUCUACGAUUGUGUAUAUAUAUAUCCUAAAUGUUGAACAACACUUAAAUCAUAAUGAAACAUAGAAGCAUAGAUUUGUUUCAA